AUGUAUCACUAUUACGGUCGUCCCUGGUAUUCUCGUGUUUCUCCUUGUUUGGUUUUGGGCGGUUUACCAUUGAGAAAGUUUUGGGACAAAUGGCAAGCUGAUGAAAAUUUUACACACAUAAUUAGCCUAUUAGAACCAUUCGAAGUAAAAUCAUUUGUUAUAGGAGAGAAGGAUGCUAAAGACCGAGGUAUUAAAUAUCUCUCCUUACCUGUUCAAGAUUUUUGGGGAGUCCCUACAGUUGAACAAAUUGAUGCUGGGAUCUCAUUUAUCAAUGGAUGUAUACAGUCUAAUGGAUGUGUUUAUAUUCAUUGUAAAGCUGGUCGUACACGUUCAGCCUUUCUUUUGGCUUGUUAUUUAAUGUCAAAGGAAUCUUUAAGUGUUGAAGCGGUAACUGCACAUCUUCAAUCCUUCAGACGGCAUGUAAUCUUCCGUUCACGGCAUAAGAUUGACAACACACAAGUAUUAAUGAUUCAUGAAAAUAACUAA